UGGAAAUUAAUUAAGGACAUCAUCUACUACUGUAGUUUAGACAAGUCACGAUCGCCCAUGGACUAUUUGUCAUCCGCUGUGAUUAACUUGUGAAAGAUGUCGCAUGAGGAAAUGGACGUUCAGAUUUUUACCUACGGCGAUUAUGUCUGGAUCGAGCCCAGCACCAAACGAGAAUUCGACGUGGCUAUCGGAGCCCGAGUCGUUUCGGCCGAAGGGAAACGGAUCCAGGUCGUUGACGACGACGGCAAAGAACAAUGGCUGACACCGGAGCGACGUAUCAAAGCCAUGCAUCCGACAUCCAUCCAGGGCGUCCAGGAUAUGAUUUCGCUGGGCGAUUUGCACGAAGCGGGCAUCUUGCGCAAUUUGCACAUUCGCUACAAUGAAAACAUCAUCUAUACUUACACCGGAUCGAUUCUGGUGGCCGUCAAUCCGUACCAGAUUCUGCCCAUCUACACGGCCGAGCAGAUCAAACUGUACCGAGAACGGAAAAUCGGUGAACUACCUCCGCACAUUUUCGCCAUAGGCGACAAUUGCUACACGCAAAUGAAACGGUUUCGUCAGGACCAGUGUAUCGUUAUCAGCGGUGAGUCGGGAGCGGGAAAAACCGAGAGCACCAAAUUGAUCUUACAAUACCUGGCGGCCAUUAGUGGCAAACAUUCUUGGAUCGAACAGCAAAUCCUCGAAGCCAAUCCUAUCCUUGAAGCGUUUGGAAAUGCCAAAACGGUGCGAAAUGACAACUCUUCUCGAUUCGGCAAGUACAUCGACAUCAGUUUCAACAAGAAAGGCACCAUCGAAGGCGCCAAUAUCGAGCAAUACUUGCUGGAGAAAUCGCGCAUUGUGGCGCAGAAUCCGGGCGAGAGAAACUACCACAUCUUCUACUGCAUGCUGGCCGGCAUGAGCAAAGAUGAUAAACAGAAAUUCGAUCUACAAGACGCCAGUCAAUACAAAUACCUCACCGGGGGCAACAGCACUACUUGCCAGGGUAGAAAUGAUGCCAAUGAAUUUGCUGAAAUUCGUUCGGCCAUGAAAGUUCUGCUCUUCACCGAGUCAGAAAUUUCCGACAUUCUUCGAGUGCUAGCCGCUCUUUUGCACCUGGGAAAUGUUUCCUUUAAAGGAGUUGUCAUCAGCAACAUGGAUGCUAGUGAAAUUCCAGAUCCCUCCAACGCGAUUCGUGUCUCGAAAUUGUUGGGAGUCGAUCCUCGAGAGAUGGUAGACGCUCUUACCACUAAAACCAUUUUUGCCCAAGGAGAUUCAGUGGUAUCAAGACUAUCUAAAGUGCAAGCCCUAGAUGUUCGAGAUGCGUUCGCGAAAGGUAUUUACGGCCGAUUGUUCAUCUGGAUUGUCAACAAGCUGAACUGUGCUAUCCGAAAAUCUGAUGAAAUGGACACAAGCUCUAUUGGAGUAUUGGAUAUUUUUGGUUUUGAAAAUUUCAGCAUCAACAGUUUCGAACAGUUUUGCAUCAACUACGCCAACGAGAACCUGCAACAGUUUUUCGUCCGUCACAUUUUCAAACUGGAACAAGAGGAAUACAAUGCGGAAAACAUUAGCUGGCAGCAUAUCGAAUUCGUCGACAACCAAGACUCGCUCGAUUUAAUCGCCAUCAAACAAAUGAAUAUUAUGGCUCUCAUCGACGAAGAAUCGAAAUUUCCAAAGGGCACGGAUCAGACCAUGUUGGCCAAGUUGAACAAGACGCACGGAAGCAACAAAAACUAUGUCAAACCUCGCUCUGAUUUGCAAGCAUCUUUUGGUUUUAAUCAUUUUGCUGGUGUUGUAUUUUACGACGCCAGAGGAUUUCUGGAUAAGAAUCGAGAUUCUUUUAGCGCCGAUCUGAUGCAGUUGGUGCACGUGACAACCAACAAAUUCUUGAGGACUUUGUUUGCUGAAGACAUUUCCAUGGGAUCGGAGACGCGAAAGAAGGCCCCCACCUUGUCGGCCCAGUUUAAGAAAUCGCUCGACUCUCUGAUGCGAACACUCAGUGCCUGUCAGCCGUUUUUUGUGCGCUGCAUUAAGCCGAACGAACUCAAACAAUCGAUGGUUUUCGAUCGUGAACUGUGCUGCCGCCAAUUGCGCUACUCGGGUAUGAUGGAAACCAUCCGCAUCCGGCGGGCAGGCUAUCCUAUCCGUCAUACUUUCCGGGAAUUUGUCGAACGUUACCGAUUCCUCAUUUCCGGAUGCCCUCCGCCUCACAAGGUGGACUGCAGGCAAGCGACGGCCAGGAUCUGUUCUGCUACUUUAGGAAAGACGGAUUAUCAACUGGGCCAGACCAAGGUCUUUUUGAAAGACGCUCAGGAUCUGUUCCUGGAACAAGAACGUGAUCGAGUGCUAACCAAAAAAUUGAUUAUCAUCCAGCGUUGCAUCCGCGGAUGGAUUCAUCGACGUCGCUAUCUCCGUCUCAGGGCCGCCGCUAUCGUCAUCCAGCGCCAGUGGAGACGGCAAGCUCAACGCAAACGCUACCUGGAAAUGCGCAGCGGUUUCCUCCGGCUCCAGGCUCUCAUCCGUUCUCGAAUCCUGUCUCAUCGUUUCCAGCAUUUGCGUGGUCACAUUGUCGGUCUACAGGCCCGUUGUCGUGGUUAUUUGAUCCGCAGCCAAUUCCGCAUGAAAACUCAGGCAGUGGUUAUCAUACAGAAACACGUCCGCCGGAUGAUUGCUCAAUGUCGCUACAAGAAAAUGAAAAUCGAACAGCGACAUCGACUGGAAGCUCUGCGCAUGCGCGAGCAGGAAGAACGAGAUCUCAAAAAGGCCGGAAACAAACGCUACAGAGAAAUCGCUGACCAACAUUACAGGGAAAGGCUUAUGGAAAUGGAACGAAGACAACGGGAAACCGAGAGAGCCAAUCGGCAGCAACUGGAAUCGAAUCGCGAGAAAAUGAAAGAAGCGGCGAUCAAAGAUCAAGAACCAUCCAACAUCGACAAUUACAUCGACGAUCAGUUCAAAGAUCUAUUCAAAUUGUCACCGGAUUCAGGCAACGAGAGGGAGAGAGAUAGAGACGGAGAACAACAAUCAAUUUUCGGGAAUAUCCCAAUGGGUAAGAGUGAUGCCAACGAGCCAAUGCUGGCCGUUCCCAGCGCUGGACUGGGCUCUAAUGAAGACGUAUCGGAAUAUCGUUUCCAGAAAUUCGCCGCCACCUACUUCCAGAGUAACGCCACUCAUCAGUAUUCCAGGAAACCGCUAAAGUCCUCCUUGCUCUUGCUCCAAACACAAGGCGACCAACUCGCGGCGUUGGCUUUGUGGGUAACCAUUCUACGCUUCAUGGGCGACAUGCCCGAGCCGAAAUAUCACUCGACGGAGCGAGACAAUACAUCCGUCAUGACUCGUGUUUCGGCUACGCUCGGCCGCAAUUUUAUCCGCACCAAGGAUUUCCAAGAUGCGCAAAUUAUGAACGCAGAAUCGGAAGCAUAUCCUAAGGGGACGUCCAAACAGCGCUCGAUUCGCCAUAAAUUGGUUUCUUUGACGCUGAAAAGGAAAAAUAAACUGGGCGAUGAUGUCCGGCGUAAGUUGCAAGAAGAUGAUUACACAACGGAAUCGUACACGUCGUGGCUGGAUUCACGACCUACAUCCAACUUGGAGAAACUUCAUUUUAUUAUCGGGCACGGUAUCCUCCGCGCUGAAUUGAGGGAUGAAAUCUAUUGUCAGAUUUGUAAGCAGCUGACCAACAAUCCUUCCAAGUCGAGUCACGCACGCGGAUGGAUUCUCUUGUCGCUUUGCGUUGGCUGUUUUGCUCCGUCCGACAAGUUUAUCAAAUACUUGCGCGCUUUCAUUCGGGAAGGGCCACCAGGGUACGCACCUUAUUGCGAAGAACGUCUCGCCCGCACAUUUAAUAACGGCACUCGCAAUCAACCGCCCAGCUGGCUAGAGCUGCAGGCAACUAAAUCGAAGAAAACGUUGACGUUGCCCAUAACGUUUAUGGAUGGAAAUACGAAGACUUUGCUAGCAGAUUCUGCGACAACAGCCCGUGAACUGUGCGACCAAUUGGCUGAAAAAAUCGGCCUCAAGGAUCAAUUUGGAUUCUCUUUGUACAUCGCCUUGUUCGAUAAAGUGUCGUCGCUGGGCAGCGGAGGCGAUCACGUCAUGGACGCCAUUUCGCAGUGCGAGCAGUACGCUAAGGAGCAAGGAGCCCAGGAGCGCAACGCUCCGUGGAGGCUCUUCUUCCGCAAGGAGAUUUUCGCUCCUUGGCACGACCCGACGGAAGACACGACGGCCACUAAUUUAAUUUACCAGCAAGUUGUCCGCGGCGUGAAAUUCGGCGAAUACCGUUGCGAUAAAGAAGAAGAUUUGGCCAUGAUUGCUGCCCAGCAGUAUUUCAUCGAAUACGGAAGCGAUAUCAGCAUCGACCGGUUGCUCACCUUGUUGCCCAACUACAUUCCAGACUACUGUCUCUCCACCGGCGACAAGGCCGUCGAUCGAUGGGCCCAGCUGACUGUCACCGCUUUGAAGAAGAGUUACUACAUAAAAGAGCGGGUACCUUCUAGUCGCGUCAAGGAGGACAUUGUCAAUUAUUCCAAGCUCAAAUGGCCGCUACUCUUUUCACGCUUCUACGAAGCUUUCCGCUCUUCAGGUCCUAACCUACCGAAGAACGAUGUCAUUAUCGCCGUCAAUUGGACGGGAGUCUACGUGGUUGACGAUCAAGAACAAGUGCUCCUUGAACUCUCUUUCCCCGAGAUUACCUCCAUUUCGUCGCAAAAGACGAGCAAAGCUUUUAGCCAGACUUUCACUCUGAGCACUGUACGAGCAGAAGAGUUCACUUUCCAGAGCCCCAACGCAGAAGAUAUUCGCGAUUUGGUUCAAUUUUUCUUGGAAGGAUUAAAGAAACGUUCCAUGUACGCUGUAGCUUUGCAAGACUACAAAGAGGAUGGAGCAACUUACUUGCAGCUGAGCAAAGGCGAUCUUGUGGUACUCGAUCCGAGCAGCCGCGGUGAGGCCGUUCUGAGUGGCAGUUGGUGUUCCGGUCGCAGUGAACGAACAGGCGAGCAAGGUGACUUUCCUUCAGAGGUCGUUUGUAUCGUUCCGGCCAUGAGUAAACCACCCGAAGAGAUCAUGGCACUUUUCACGCUGGAAGGAGCGGAGCAAAGCCGACGGAUGGUGACUUCGCAGCAAGGAAGCAACGGAACGGAGCCGCAGGAGAAACCGCACACCCUCGAGGAAUACGCCGUCGAUCACUUCCGGCCGCCGCAGAAGAAGACGGUGCCCAAGGGACUGACGGCGGCUCGUCGCGGUAGUCACGACGAGUUGUGGCGGCAUUCACGCGAUCCCCUGAAACUGCCUCUCCUUCGCAAAUUGACGUCCAAGGAAGAGUUGAGUCACGAAGCCAUCUUCGCCUUCCAAGCUUGUUUGAAGUACAUGGGCGACAUUCCGUACCGACGCGCCCGCUCGGCCAAUGAACUGACCGACCAGAUCUUUGAAGGUCCCCUCAAACACGAGCAACUGCGGGAUGAAGUCUACUGCCAAAUUAUGAAACAGUUGACUGAUAAUCGUAACCGACUGAGCGAAGAACGCGGAUGGGAGUUGAUGUGGUUAGCUACGGGCUUGUUUGCCUGCUCGCAAAAUCUAUUGAAAGAAUUGACGUUAUUCUUGCGGACGCGCCGUCAUCCCAUCGCCACCGACUCGCUCCAGCGGUUGCAAAAGACGUUGAGACACGGGCAGCGAAAGUAUCCGCCGCACCAGGUGGAAGUGGAGGCCAUCCAGCACAAAACGACACAAAUCUUCCAUAAAGUCUACUUCCCCGACGACACGGACGAGGCUUUCGAGGUCGAUUCUUCCACCAGGGCCAAGGACUUUUGCCAAAGCAUCUCGCAACGGCUAGCGCUCAAGUCGGACGAAGGAUUCAGCCUUUUCGUCAAGAUCGCCGACAAGGUCAUUUCGGUGCCCGAAGAGGAUUUCUUCUUCGAUUUCGUCCGCCACUUGACCGACUGGAUCAAAAAGGCUAAACCGACCAAAGACGGUAUUACGCCACAGUUCACUUACCAAGUGUUCUUCAUGAAGAAACUUUGGACGAAUACGGUGCCGGGUAAAGAUCGCAAUGCCGAUACCAUCUUCCAUUUCCACCAGGAAUUGCCCAAACUUUUGAGAGGUUAUCAUCGCUGUAAUAAAGACGAAGCCAUCCGUCUUGCCGCUUUCAUUUAUCGCGUUCGUUUUGGAGAGAGCAAGAACGAGCUGGCCAAUGUGCCGCAAAUGCUACGGGACCUCGUUCCGGCCGAUCUGAUCAAACUUUUAGGAAACAAUGAUUGGAAGAAAUGCAUUACAGCUGCACACGCACAAGAUUCCGGAAUGAGUGCCGAGGACGCCAAGAUCAACUUUUUGAAGAUUAUUUACCGCUGGCCCACGUUCGGUUCGGCUUUCUUCGAAGUCAAACAGACGACCGAGCCCAACUUCCCCGAACAACUUUUGAUUGCCAUCAACAAGAGUGGUGUGUGCUUAAUCCACCCGCAAACCAAGGACAUUUUGGUGACUCAUCCGUUCACGCGCAUCUCUAACUGGUCCUCGGGCAAUACUUACUUCCACAUGACGAUCGGCAAUCUAGUGAGGGGCUCGAAACUACUUUGCGAGACUUCCCUCGGCUACAAGAUGGACGACUUGCUCACAUCCUACAUUUCUUUGAUGUUGAAUACCAUGAACAAGCAAAAGUCCAUGCGACUGUAAUAACAAUUGUUUGCUUUUCUUAAUUGUUUUUUAUCCCAUUCAAACAAGAACGUACAUGUUGGCUGAGAGAUGAGCUUCGUUCCUUUGGUCACUUUAGAUUGAUUUUCCAUCGUGAGAGUUAGCUACUUUGUGAAUAGUUUCUGAAUUUUGCAUUAUUUUGCCACUACAUAGUUUUCUGUGUUUCUUAAUUGACACUGGGAAUUAUCUGCUUUUGACGGGUUCUAAUAUUGUCAGUGCAUGCUUCACUAGCUCUCCUCAAAAGCCAGAAAUAUCCUGUUUCCUCUUUGCAAUUUCAUCGCUCCCACAAUCGUCCUUUAACAAAUCUAUGUAUAUGUUAUUUGAAAAAUGAAGAAUUAUAAUAAAGCAUUUUACACUCGAAUAA